AUGGAGAAGAAUAAAAGUAGGUGUUUUAAUUUACUUUUUUUGGAAGAAGACGAAGAAUAUAUUGAUGACAUGUUAAUAAUUAUGAAAAAAAUCGAAGGAAAUAAUACAAUUGAAAAUAAAGGUAGAUUAAGAUUAUGUUCAAAAUCAUUAAUUUUUGAGCCAUAUAAUAAUAAUGAAGAUGUGUUAAAAUUUCCAUUUAAAAAAUUAGAAAAUAUAAAAUUAUAUGAAAUACAGAAUGAGAUAAUAAUAAGAGCAUCAGAGAUUGUGAAAAUAAAAACAACUAUACAUGGAAAAAAAACUAGAUGUACAUCUCAAUUUAUUUAUGAUAGAAAAAACAGGAAACCAAUUGGUAUUAUAAAUAACUACUAUAACGAUUAUACUAAUGAAAUAAAGAAUAUUGAUAAUUAUAAUAUAGAUGAAUAUAUAAGUAUAUUUGAAAAAAUUUUAAAUAAUUUUGACCAAGCUGAAAAUAAUUCAGUUACGGCUUUGCCAAAUAGCCAAGAUGCAAAAGGUGUAACAGGAAAAGCGGGCAUAAAUAAUAAUGAAAAAAAUGAAGAUAAUAAGGUGGGCCAUAAUGACGAUAAUAAGGUGGGCCAUAAUGACGAUAACAAUUUAGCGAACGCUUUUGUAUGCUCAUUCAGGUGUGAUGGAACAAACUUGAUGAAUAAAAAAAUAAAAUUGAUAUAUAGCAUUGCCGUAAAAAUAAAAAUUGGAAUUAUUAUACAUGAAAAACAAAUGGAGAUAUUAGUUAGUGAAAAAAAAAAUCGUCAUAAAUAUUUAAAUGAGACAGGAAAUGAAAAUGAUGUAAAUAAUUCAGAAUUUUUUGAUGGUUUAAAUGGUAAUGAAGAAGUUAAAAGAAAAGAAAUAAAUUUAGAAUUAUAUAUACAAAAUAUAAUAGAUAAAUUAUUUGAGAACACCAAAUUUGAUAUUAGUAGUAUAAAUAUACAUGAAAAUAUAAUUUCAAAUAAAAUUGAAGGGUUUUGGGUUUUUAAAAUUUCACCUCUUGUUAAAAUGAAAGGUUUAUUAAAUAUAACAAAUAAAUAUAUAUAUUUCCAAGCACAUCCUAAUUUUACAAAUAAAAAAGAAAAAAAAUGGGAAAUUGAAAAAAUUGUACAUGUAUUUAAAAGAAUUAUAACAAUGAAACCAAAUUCUUUAGAAAUUAUAUUUAAUCAUCCUAAUAAAAAAUAUAAAUCUUUAUAUAUUGAAUUUGUAGAUUAUAAUGAAAGAGAAAUAAUGUUAAAUGUGUUAAAAAAAAUAAAACCAGAAUCUUUAUUUAUUAAUGAUAACCCUGAAUUUUUAAAUCUUGUUAUGAAUAAAUGGUCUAAUGGGUUAAUUACAAAUUAUGAAUAUAUUGAUUUUUUAAAUUGUUUAUCUGGUAGAAGUAGAAAAGAUUUUUCUCAAUAUCCUGUUUUUCCAUGGAUUAUAUCAGAUUAUUAUAGUAAAGAAAUAAAUUUAAAUAAUGAAAAAAUUUAUAGAAAUUUAUCAAAACCAGUUGGAUGUUUAAAUCAAAAUAGAUUAGAUUCAUUAAUUGAUAAAAUGCAUGAUCAUGAAUAUUUUUUUGGAUCUCAUUAUUCUACUUUAGCGUAUGUUGUAUAUUUUUUAAUAAGAAUAUAUCCAGAAUGCCAAUUAAAAUUACAGAGUGGAAAAUUUGAUACAAUAUCAAGAAUGUUUGUAUCUAUAGAAACUACAUUCAAUACAGCACUACAUGCUAAUUCAUCUUUUAUUGAGCUAAUACCAGAAUUCUAUGAAAAUAAUGAUAAUUUUUUAAAAAAUAAUUUAAAUAUACAAGCAAAUGAAACUAUUUUAGAAGAUGUUAUAUUACCUAAUUGGUGUAAAAAUGCAAAUGAAUUUUUAAUUAUUAUGAAAAAUGCAAUGGAAAGUAAUUAUGUUAAUCAAAAUAUUCAUGAAUGGAUUAAUUUAAUAUUUGGAUAUAAACAAAAAGGCCAAGUUGCUAAAGAUAAUAUAAAUUUAUUUCAUCCCUUAACAUAUAUGCACACAAUUUUAUAUGAAAAGUUGUCUAUAGAUAGAGAUAUGCGCUAUCAAAAUGGAAGUCAUAAAACCCCAAGUGGGUAUGAAAAAUUCAAAUAUAAUAUAGCUGCUUUACCAAAACAAUUACUAACAUCACAAUCUCAAACAGAAUCAUAUAAUAAUGUUGAAAAAAAUUUUAAAGACAAAAUAAAAUCUCUAAUCAUUUCAAUGUCAUCUAAAGCAUUAAGAACACAAUUGCAUGAAUUUGGUCAAUGCCCUUAUCAAUUAUUUAAAGAGAAUCAUGUACAAAAAAAGUCAAAUAUUUCAUUUGAGUUAAAUAAAAAUAUAAAUAAUUUCCCAUGGUAUUAUUCACCAGUUAUCAUAGAACUUUUAGAGGAUGCUUAUUAUCAAAAGAGUAAAAAUAUAUCAAAGUUGGGUAGCGUAAAUAGGUCGAGACGAAAGUGCACCGAGAUUUAUAACUCUAACAGGGAAAGUUGCGAAAGUUGCGAAAAUGAUGAAAACGAUGAAAAUGAUGAAAACGAUGAAAACGAUGAAAACGAUGAAAAUGAUGAAAACGAUGAACAUUGCGAAAAAAAUAAUUACCAUUUUAAAACACAUAUGUGGAAGUUAGAAAAGGUAGAUCAUAUUCCAUGUGAUAUAAAAGGUGUAUGUUCUAAUAACAAUAAUAAUAUUUGUUUUAUAUGUGAUAAUGGGUUUGUCAAAAUUAUUGAUUGUUAUGAUUUAUUAAAUUUUAAAAAUAAAAAUAAUAAAAAUUUUAUUUCUUUAAAAUUAUGUGAUGAAAACUUUUCUUCCUUAACCAACAUAAAUUCAAAUUUUAUUUUGGGAACAAUUAAUGGAAAUAUAAUUUUUGUAGAUACUCAAAAUGUUGUAAAAAGGGUGAAUAAUAAUAAUAAUAGAUAUGGUGCUAUGCAAAAUAAAGCUAGAGUUUUGAAUAAAAGCAAAAAUUGUGAUUUAAAAAAAUUGUCUAAAAAUGAAGAAUAUGAUAGUUAUGAUACAAAUUCAAUUUGCUCAUCAUUUGAUUCUGUUUUUGAUUAUAAAUAUUGUACAGAUACAGAUGAAGAUAAUCAAAAAAAUAUUAUAAAAAUUGAAAAAAAUGGAAAUUUUUAUAAUAAAUUAAUUAAAAAAAAAAUUCAUAAUGACACUAUUAGAUGCAUGAGUUAUAAUAACAGUUAUUUGGCAACAGGGUCAAAUGAUGAAACAAUACAAUUAAUAAAUGUCGAAACUAAUUUCGAAAUCGUACAAACUUAUGAUAAUUUUAAUAGUUCAAUAAAAGAUAUAGAAUUAAAAAAUAAAUUAUUAUAUACACGAUCAGAUAAAAUACAGUUAUUUGAUAUAAGAAUGCCUCCUAAAAAUGUUCUUAAUAAUUCUAAUCAAAUUUUAAAUCAUUUUACAAACACAAUUAAUACUAGUAGACAAAAUUAUAUAAAUAAUAUAAUAAAUGAAAUAAAUAUCGGAAAUUAUUUUUCUAAUUCUAGUCAAUUUUCUAAUUUUAGUCAAUUUUCUAAUUUUAGUCAAUUUUCUAAUCUUAGUCAAUUUUCUAAUCUUAGUCAAUUUUCUAAUCUUAGUCAAUUUUCUAAUCUUAGUCAAUUUUCUAAUAAUUGUGCUACCCCCCCUAUAAAUACAUUUGAAAAAGAAAAUCAAAAAUAUAAUGUUCAUAUAAAAAAAAAAAUGAAGAAUUUGAUUUUUAAUAAUUGUAAUAUUAAUGAAAAAAAUGAAGUAGAUAACAUAAAUAGAACUUAUACACAUUUUCAAUAUUUAUUUGAAAAAAAAAUAAAAAAAAAUAUAAAUUCAAUAUUUUUAAAUAGACCAUGUAAUAUUGUAUAUUCCUCUUUAAUUAAUGAUAAUAAUAUUUUAUUUAUUGAUGAAAAUAAAAGUUUAUAUUUUUAUGAUAUAAGAGCAGAGAAAUGGAUAAAUAGAUUUUCAAAUACAAUAAAUAAUAAUUCUAAACAAAUUUAUAAUGAUAAAAUAGUUACAGCAUCAUCAUAUAAAAAUUAUUUAUGUACAGUUGAUUCUAUGGGCAAAUUUUUAUUUGAACCCAUUCGAUUUUCUAUAAAUUUUUUAGAUAAUGAUGUAACAUCUAAAUUAAAUAAUACUUGUUCAAUUUUGAACCCAACUUAUAUUAAUUUUUUUAAUCUUGGUUUCAAUUCUUUUCCGGAUUUAGAAAAUACAAAUAUGUUAGAUGACAUAUCUAUUUGUAGUCACAUCAUGUUUACCAAUUUAAAAGGAGACAUUGAAAUUCAUAAAAAAUGUUAG